AUGUCUUCUCCAAACGUUCUCGGCAACCGCGACACCAACGCGCAACUCAAACAGGCAUCGUCCGAGGAGGAGAAGCCAAAGAGUAUGCAGUAUCACCGUGACAUGCUGCAAUCGCGUCUCGAUAAGCAGAAGUCGCAAGAAAAAUUUGUUUCGCCAUCCGAUGCUAUCAUGUCGCCCGCCACUCAAAAGCUGAGCGCUCAUCGGGGUCGCAACAUCCUGAAGAACUCCAAGCCCAAAACAUUGUUCAUGCAGACCAGCUCUAAGAACCACGAGGCUGCCAAGGACAGUGGUGCUUUCGAAGACAUUUCCAAGUCCGUCUCGAAAGAAGAUCAGAGAACCGCCAACGGGGUCUAA